AUGCACAUUGUAAAAACGGUGCAAGCAAAGAUGAACGGAUUAGUGUUAGGUGCUACAGGUCUAUGCGGGGGAGCAUUUCUGAGACAGGCUCAGGAAGCCCCCCAGUUCGCAAAGGUUUUUGCUAUCUUGAGACGGGAACUGCCCUCCCCAGCCACUAACAAGAUCGUGGCUAUGGUAGAAAAGGACACUUCGCAGUGGCCAGCGUUGAUCAGCGAGGAAAUGCAUCCGCAGGUUCUGUUCACCGCGCUGGCUACGACCAGAGCCGCUGCCGGCGGCCUGGACAAGCAGUACAAGAUCGACCACGACCUGAACAUGCAGUUGGCCCGUGCCGCCAAGGACAGAGGGUGCGACACCAUCGUCCUUGUGUCCUCUGCCGGUGCUCAUGUGGACUCCAGGUUCGGUUACAUGAAGAUGAAAGGUGAGAUCGAGCGCGAUAUCAUCGCCCUAGAUUUCAAACACACAAUAAUCUUGCGUCCGGGGCCCUUGCUGGGAGAAAGAACGAAUUCCAAGCAGAGCGGUUUUGGUGGAAAUCUGGCUGCUGCGCUGGGCGCUCGUGUAUACCGUUCGAGAUUGCAGAGUUGGCUGGGCUAUCCCGUCUACGGCGACGAUGUGGGGAAAGCCGGUGUUCACUUGGCAUUGAACCCUUCUGGAAAGGACAAAGUCCAAUUCGUAUCGAGCAGGGAUAUCCUCGACAUUGCCAGUUCUCUCGGUAAAACCAAUGCCUGA